CACACACACACACACACACACACUCCGAGGGCAGUGGCUGGGCACCCCAACUGCGCUCUUAGGCCAGGGACUCCAGAUUCUAGCAAAGGGCGGAGCUUCUCGGAAAUGAGGGAAGGCGGGGCUGGCAGGAACCUUAGGGGAAGUAGGAAGCUCGGCUGGCGAGCGGACCGGACCUCACCGAAGCUCAGGCUGGUUCGCCAUGUCUGCGGAAGGCCCGCGCGUGGGAUCCUUGUCCCGGGACUUCUCCAAGUUCUCCCUACCAUUGGCCGCGCUCAACGUGGGAGUGCGGCGCCGUCUCUCACUGUUUUUGAAUGUCCGGUUGCCGGUGGCGGCCGACUGGACCUUGCUGGCGGAGGAGAUGGGCUUCGAGUACUUGGAGAUCCGACAGCUGGAGACGCGCCCUGACCCCACCGGCAGUUUGUUGGAUGCCUGGCAGGGGCGCUCUGGCGCGACGGUCGGCAGACUGUUAGAGAUGCUGGCCACGCUGGACCGUGAGGAUAUACUGCGGGAGCUGUUGCCCCACAUCGAGAAUGACUGCAAGAAAUACAUAACAAAGCAGCAGAUGCAGGAAUCUGAGAAGCCCUUACAGGUGGCCAGAGUGGAAAGCAGUGUCCCACAAACAAAGGAGCUGGAGGGGAUCACCACUCUUGACGACCCGCUGGGACAAACACCAGAGCUUUUUGAUGCCUUCAUCUGCUACUGCCCCAAUGAUAUUGAGUUUGUGCAAGAGAUGAUCAGGCAGCUAGAACAGACAGACUAUCGGCUGAAGCUGUGUGUGUCCGACCGUGACGUCCUGCCAGGCACCUGUGUCUGGUCCAUUGCCAGUGAGCUCAUUGAGAAAAGGUGUCGCCGGAUGGUGGUGGUUGUUUCUGAUGAUUACUUACAGAGCAAGGAGUGUGAUUUCCAGACCAAGUUUGCUCUCAGCCUCUCUCCAGGUGUCCAACAGAAGCGGCUGAUUCCCAUCAAAUACAAGGCGAUGAAGAAGGACUUCCCCAGUAUCCUGCGGUUCAUCACUAUCUGUGACUAUACCAACCCUUGCACCAAGUCCUGGUUCUGGACCCGCCUUGCCAAGGCUUUGUCUCUGCCCUGAAGAUGGCCCCAGGAGCUCUAGGUCUGUCAGCCUGCCCUUGCCUCCUCUGACCCUGUAGGAGGCAAUUUAUGGUCCACUCAUCCCUAGAGGUUCUAGCUGGACUUCCACAGCAUCCAGACUCCAUGUGGACACCCUCCCUCAAGUCCUGGAUGGAAAGAGUGACUGAAAGUGACUUUAUUGCUUGCUGGGUUGUCAGCGAGCACAGUGAUUACCAGGGUCAGAUGAGUCUAAGUAGAGGACCAGCUAAGUUACAUCUGAGCCAUCUUUGGCCUCAGUUUCUCCACCUGAGGAACAGGAUGUGGAGAUCGGACAGGAACAUGGGAAGAUGUUGUUCUGGCUGAAGGAGAGCUGGUUAUUAUGGAACCACAGGACGACUUCCUCCUGUCUCCUGUCCGCCUCACUUUCCUGUCCCUCCUUUUACAGGGCAAUGCGGAGGUGAGCUGACUUUGAGCCGGAUUCUCUGAAACUGUCCUAUCUGCAUCUCUAACCCUCCAGUCUCAGUCUCACCUUUGGUGGUCACUGCUCUGGGUAACUGGGGUUGCUUUUCCCUCCCAUGUAGCCAUCCGUGUGCUCGUAUUUCAGUUUUGCCUUGCUUGAAGAGGAUCCUGUCCUCUGACAUGCCUGUCACUUAUAGUGGCCCCAGCAGGGCCACCAGGAUGAUGUCCAGGAUGAUGUCAUCAGGGAAUCUUCCUCUCUGGCCCACCAACACCGAGACUUUU